AAGCAUAAGUAAGAGGAUGAAAUAUCAAGAAAGUGCGCAUGCUAUUUUCAAAUGACGCGACAUUGGCUCGAGUGGCCGCAGCAAGUUGCCGUCCGCCCAACUUUUAGAGCCGCGCCGUGUCAACACAGGAAGAAUUCCUCGACGUGAUCUUGCAAUAAACCGUUGAUAUUUAUUAAAUGAAUAAAUAAUGUUACGAGUAGCUGAGCCUAUGAUGUCCAACUCGUUGGUACCAGAUUGGGCAAAUGCAGAGCAUAGUACCGGAACUUCGAUUAUGGCUGUUGAAUUUGAUGGUGGAGUAGUUAUUGGUGCCGAUUCGCGUUCUACCACUGGGUCGUACAUUGCUAAUCGCGUAGUCGAUAAAUUGACAAAGGUGACCGAUUACAUUUAUUGCUGUCGGUCCGGAUCAUCGGCUGAUACUCAGGCUAUAUCUGAAAUUGUUAAUUAUCAUUUAGGAUUUCAUAGAAUGGAAUUGGGAAUGGAGCCAAGAGUUGAAACAGCGGCUAAUGUCUUUAGGGAAUUAUGUUAUAAUUAUCGUGACAGUUUAAUGGCUGGUAUAUUAGUAGCUGGUUGGGAUUCCAUAAAGGGUGGUCAAGUUUAUAGUAUUCCACUUGGAGGUAUGUGCACACGUCAACCUAUCUCUAUCGGUGGCUCUGGUUCAAGUUACGUAUAUGGUUAUGUCGAUGCAAAUUAUAAGCCUGGUAUGUCUAAAGAUCAAUGCGUAGAGCUAGUUAGCAAUACGUUGGCCCUAGCCAUGUCUCGAGAUGGUAGCAGCGGUGGUUUAAUUCGAUUGGGUAUAAUCACUGAAAAUGGUAUUGUUCGCAAAGUGAUUAAGGAAAAUGAAUUACCAACGUUUUACGAAGGAUAAAGUUAUGGAAAAAAUUUAA